ACCGUGGAGGGCGCGACCGCCAGCUUCGGCCGCAGCUUCGCGCAGAAGGCUGGCUACUUCCUGUGCCUGAGCCCGCUGGGCAGCCUGAGGGCUCUUGCACCGCGGGUACACCUGGAACUGGCUUCCCCUGCUCUCUGCAUAGCUCAGCUCCCCUCCCCCACCCCUGUCGGACCCAGCUGCCCACUUCCCCAUGGUGCUUGGUUCUCAAGGUGUCUUUAGUGGCUCCGCAGAGGGUCAGGUCAGUGUGCAGACAGGAGGCUUCCGAAAAUUCCCCUGCCCUCCUUUUGCUGCCGUGAUUCACUGGCUUUACAGGUGGGGGCAGGGUCUCAGUGUGUAGUCCCAGCGGGCCUGGAACUUCAGUCCUCUCCUUCAGGGAUUCACGGGCAUGAACCGUCAUGCCCAGCCCCUUGCAACUGUCUUAACCUGCUGGGUAUGGGGCUGCUGCUCUUUAUCCCAGUGCUUGAGAGGCUGAGGCAGGAGGAUUGCUUCUAGUUCAGAGCCCCUUUGGGCUAUGUGGUGAAUUCCAGGGCAGCAUAGACUACAGAGUGAGACCCUGUCACAAAAGCCAGGGCUAGGACCGUAGCCCGGCUGGCAGCUUCCCACUCACUGUGCAUGGAGCCUGGCUCCAUCCCCAGCACCACAUAAUGGGCAUGCCAUCCAGCACUCAGGAGACCAUCCUCAGCUACAUAGUGAUUUUGAGGCCAACCUGGGCUACUUGAGACUCUAUCUAAUAAACACAAAUACAUAUAAUACAGAUAGCCUUUCCCACCCCAAGAAGCACAACCAACAGCCUUGGGCUGGAUUUUUUUUUAAAAAGAGCAGUUUUGUGACACACACACACACACACACACACACACACACACACACACACACACACACACACGUUAUAGGACCAGGGAACGUGAGGUUGGGUUGCCAAAAUAGAUACGCCACUGUCGAUUCCACAGCCACCCCACAAAUAUUCAACAAAAGUCAGCCUGCUUCGAUGACUCCAAAAGUUAGUGCCAUCCCCUCCUAUGAUUACCAUUUAUGAUUUAACCAGCUCCCCAGUGUUGUCCCGAAACACUGCUGGUGAGCAUCUCUGGGUGCUCCCCCCUGGGUGCUCCCCUCUGGGUGCUCCCCUCCCUGCCCUGCUCCCCUCUCUCACUCCCCUGCCCCCACUCCCAGAGGCCUCUGUGUCCAAGAAGAAGCGCAUGUGUGUGAAGCUGAUGCCCCUGGGGGCUGCUGACAUGGUUGUGUGUGACGUGAAGCUGAGUGGGAAGACCAAGACGGUGCCUGGAUACCUGCGAGUGGGGGACAUGGGUGGUUUUGCCAUCUGGUGCAAGAAAUCCAAGGCCCCGAGGCCGGUGCCCAAGCCCCGCACUGUGAGCCAGGAUAUGCAGGGCCUCUCGCUGGACCCACCCAGACAGCCCAGCAAAGGAAGCCAUCCCGAGCGGACGUUGUCCAGGCUAGGUUCCCGGGCAUCCACUCUGCGGAGGAAUGACUCCAUCUAUGAGGCGUCCAGUCUCUAUGGCAUCUCAGCCAUGGAUGGGGUUCCCUUUACACUGCACCCCCGUUUCGAGGGCAAAAGCUGCGGGCCUCUGAACUUUUCUGCCUUUGGGGACCUGACCAUUAAGUCACUGGCAGACAUUGAGAAGGAGUAUAACUAUGGCUUCGUGGUGGAGAAGACGGCAGCGGCGCGCCUGCCCCCCAGCGUCUCCUGAGCCUGCCUCGGGUGCCCCCGACCGCCACCCACUGCUGGUUGACAUCCAGCCUCGCAGCCUCGAGAUAGGGUCUCCUGCCUGGAGGUGCAGGGGCGGCCUGGAUGGCACCUUCUCUUCACUUGUCAAAUCUUGUGUCUGGAAGGCUGCGCAUGCGCCCAUGCUCCGGCACUAAACACUUCCUGGUACCCGC